GCCGUUCACCAAGCCCAGCGUGGGCGACCGCUUCCCGACCCGAGAGGGACCGCCAUGACCGGGCCCCCCCCGGGACCACGCUGGGAGCCGGCCCCCGGCCCCGGGACAGAGCUGGCCGCCUCGUCCAUCCUCGACUGCCCGUGGUGCGACUACGACCUCCGAACCUUCCGGAUCAUCAAGAACUUCCUCAUCGUGCUGACCAGCCUGGCCGGGCUGGCCGGCAACGGCCUGGUCCUCUGGUUUCUCGGCCUGCGCCACAAGCAGAACCCGUUCACCGUGUACAUCCUGCACCUGGCCGGGGCCGACUUUUCCUUCCUCCUGUGCCAGGCCCUGUUCACGGCCGUCCAGUUCGGGCAGCUGGACCACGACUUCCUCCUCUUCAUCGAGAGGUUCAUCGACAGGGUCACGUUCUUCUCCUACGCCUCGGGCCUGGGGGUCCUGGCGGCCCUGACCACCGAGCGCAGCCUGUCGGCUCUCGCUCCUCGCUGGUUCCGCCGCCGCCGGCCCCCGGCCUUGUCGUCCGCCAUGUGCUCCCUGCUCUGGGCCGGGGCGUUCCUCUGGCACGUGGUGAGGGAAUAUACCUGCGGGGACUUCUACAGGUACUUCAAUAACACGCCUUGCUAUGGCUUUUGCGUGGCCUGGGCCGCCCUGCUCUUCCUCCUGACCGCCGUUAUGCUGUUGUCCAGCCUGGCCCUUCUGGUCAAGAUGCGGUGCCGUGCUCGGCCGCGCCGUCCGGCCAGGCUCUGCAUCAUCACCCUGCUCCUGGUGCCCGUGACCCUGGCCUGCGGCCUGCCCCUGGGCGUUAAGUGGUUCCUGUUUGGGUGGCGGGACGAUUACGUGCCCCUCUUCUUCUACGUGGGUGACAUCCUGUCCUGCGCCGGCAGUUCCGCCCACCCGCUCGUCUACUACCUGGUAGGGAGGCAGAGGAAGCGGAGGCUGCGGGAGUCCAUCAGGGUGAUCCUCAGGAGGGCCUUCGGGGACGAAGGCGAGCUGGACGGGGAGGAGGGCGACGUCCCCGCCCCAGCCACCGUGGAGAUGGCCACCGGCGGGGCCCCGACGGGGAGCCCCAAGAAAAACGCGCUUCCCAACAGCACGACCCCCGGGCGGCCUUUGCCCUCCGCCCAGUGAGAAGCGCGGCCCCGAUUCCCACGGAGAUGGAGAUGGAAUCCCCCCUGUAUCCAUCCCCAUCUUCUCCCCUGGGCUGGGCCUGUAACUGGCUUUAAGGGUCCAGGCUCGGCCUCGGGAGAAGGAAGGGUCAAGUGAUUCCCUGGGCCCAGGAGGAGCGUCCAUCUUCCUGGCAAGGCCACUCUCUUCCAGAUUCUCCACUGGGAUCCAUCUUCCCUCUGGGUCCUCCCGGGCCUGGCUCGCUUCCCAUGGAGGGGCAGGGGGCACAGGGUGUGUCUGAUACCUACGUGCCUCCCCCAAAGUAGGGAAACACCAGAUACCUAAGUCAAUCCGCUCGGUCUUCCUCUCCACCAUCCCCUUCCUUCCAGGGCACGGUCUGCAAGAGAGCUGGAAAACUUGAGGUACCAGUCGCUCUAUCAGGCCCACUCCUGAGCGCUUAAUACAGUGCUCUGCACACUGUAAGUGCACAAUA